UAUUAAGGGACGGAGGGAGUACACCAUUCCCGACUAAAACCAGAAGUUCUUUCUCCUCGACAACGCCACUUCUUUCUACUCUUUCUCCUUGAUCGAUCGACUAACGUCAAGAAGUGAAGAAGGCUCUUCUCAAGAAUCUCAACCGACCUUCAUUAUCAAGAGAGAUGGAGGACCAGUUCAUUUUAAGAGUUCCGCCUUCCAUUGCUGAACAAAUUGAACGCCUCUUAAAUGAAGAUCCUUCUUCCUCUGAGGAUAAAUUACUGGACUUGUCUUUUUCAGAGGAUGGAAGGACUGGUACAUUUAUGAUUGGAGAUGAUCGGUUUCCUGCCUCUUUGCUGGAUCUCCCAUGUAUUACUGAGUCCUACAAAACUUAUGAUGAUAAUGUGCUGAUCAAAACUGCAGACAUUGGUCAAAUGAUCAUGGUGAGAGAAGGGAAUGACAAUGUGCCCGAUACUGUGGAGUAUAGGCAUGGCCUAACCCCUCCAAUGAGGGAUGCUCGGCGUCGUAGAUUUCGUAGGGAGCCAGAUCUUAAUCCGGAGGUUGUUCAGCGUGUGGAGAAUGAUCUUUGCAACAUUAUGCGAACCAGAGGUGCUGAAGCAUCUGUCCAGGAUGAAGAUGUUGAUGAAAAUGCGCGCAAUAAUAGCAAGAAGCCUGCCCCAGCCCCUAAAGCCAAGCCUGAUACACCAGAUGCUGCUAACAAUGCAGGUGAGGCUGAUGGAAGUGACUCAUUUGAGUCUGAUGAGUCGAAUGAGUGAAUAUUCUCACAACUUGCAAGUUCAGCUCCCCCCUCGGAAAAAUAAUGUACUAAUUUACUCAUAUAGUCAUAUCUGUAUAUUCCUAAAAUUGAGUCAAGUAUGUGUUUGUAUUGUCUCUUUAUUGUACCGGAUUUUGUGGAGGUUUCCAGUUUUUACCACAAAGUUUGGCUUUUUUUGAUUUGGUUCAUAAUAGUUGUCAGAUCGUUGAGAAGUUUCAAAUUGGCCAACUCUUUGUUUGGUUAAGCAGUUGUAACUUGUAAGUGACUGAUAGGGAUUUUAUUCAAGUAAAACUGCAGUUGCAUAUUCA